AUGUACAUGUUGGUUGAAAAACGCACAAAUUCCCAUCUUCACCUAAAGAGGUCACCUGGCAUCCGCUCCUGGUCUCUCUGUGUUGGAAUAGCCUCCAUAGGUUUGGCUGCUGCUUAUUAUAGUGCAGACAGCUUGGCAUGGAAGCUCUUCUACAUGGCUGGGUGUUUCUUUGUGGCAGCCCAGAAUCUGGAGCAGUGGGAGGAAGCUGUAUUUGAUAAAAACAAGGGAACAAUCUGCCUAAAAACAUUCAACCUCUACAAAAAAAUACUGACCUUGUCAAAAGGAGGCAAUGAACAAGUGGUGGCCGCGCUGAGCGAGAUCCGGGAUGUGAACGUGGAGGAGGAGGCCGUGCGCUAUUUCGGGAAGGGGUACCUGGUGCUGCUGCGCUUCGUCACCGGCUUCUCACACCCGCUCACCCAGAGCGCCGUGCUGGGCUGCAGAAGUGAUGUGGAAGCAGUUGCCAAACUCAUCACGAGUUUCCUGGAACUGGACAGAGUAGAGACCCCACAGGAUUUCUCCCAGAGCAGUGAAACAGAGGCAAGUGAUGCAGAUGAACCACAGGUUAAAUACUGAUGGUCAUUGUGAACUGAAGCAAGCAGAGGCAUUCACACAUCUGGAAAAUAUUCUGGUUGUUCUUCAGAACAAGAAACCCCUCACAGCCUUGACCUGGGCAUUUCUCAACGUGUGCAUUUACAAUGGGUGCAAUCUCUCUUAGGGCCCAUUGCUUCAAGACCCUGCAUGUGGACACUGCUGGCUUUUGAACUUCUGUCACCUCAUCAAACUUGUCUAGGAAUAGUUAUUUAUUAAUGAAUUGGUUUGAAAUAAUUGCUUUUCCAUUAAUGAGGAUACAGAUGUGAACUUCUGCUUACUGCAAACAUUUGCUGCAGGUACAGUAUAUGCAAUGUAGAAGAGUUGAAUUUGUAACUCAUAACACAAUGCUUUGAGGUUUCCCCUUUAAUAUAUGCAAUUAGGAGAUGCAGAGUAGUGGCACUUUUAUGUUCUCUACUACUGACUUGCCACUGGAUAUCUGUGGAAAUUGAAGUCUGAGUGCCUCUCUUGGAAUUUUAAACAUCAGGUUGAUCAACUUGUAAAGGUGUCUUAACUUAUCUCAGACCCACCAAGGAGCCAUAAAUAGCAAAGGAAAAAGGAUCAUGAUGAAACUUCUUUGGGAUGCUCUACCUUAAUGCUGUUCUGCUUAACUUCUGGGCAGGACAGAGCAAUCUUUUUCUAGACCUCAAUGUUUACUAUUUAAACUGUGUUUAAAAAAGGAAAGGAAGCAGGGACAUGUGU